AUGGGCUUCCUGUCCGGCCCUAUCUUCGAUCGUGGAUACCUCCGACCAUUGCUUAUCGUUGGAUCAUUCCUUGUGGUCUUCGGAUUCAUGAUGCUUAGUCUGUGCCAUACCUUCUGGCAAGUCCUCCUGGCUCAAGGUUUCUGUAUCGGUAUCGGUUCAGGACUCUUGUUCGUGCCCGCUGUCGCCAUCCUUCCAACGUACUUCAGGGCCAAGAUCGGUCUUGCAAUGGGUCUCGCUGCUUGUGGCAGUUCCAUGGGUGGUAUCAUCUACCCCAUCGUGUUCUACAGACUGCUCGACCGUAUAGGCUUUGGAUGGUCUGUUCGUGUGUUAGGUUUCCUGGCCUUGGCUACCUUACUCGUUCCCAUCUUCGUCAUGAAGCAACGCAUAAAGCCNGCAAAGGCUCGCGCCUUGAUCGACACAACUGUCUUCAAGGACGUCCCCUUCAUGCUCUUCACUCUAGGUGCCAUGAUAGGCUUCAUCGGCUUGUACACCGUUUUGUUCUAUCUCUCGUUCUUCGGCGAAGCUCAAGGCUACACUGAUGCUAGCAUGUCUUUCUACAUCGUGCCCAUUUUGAACGCAGCAUCCGUGUUCGGUCGUACAAUACCCAACGCUCUUUCCGACAAGACUGGCUCUUUCAACAUCAUUCUUCCUGGCGCGGCUGUCUGCUCUAUUCUCAUCUUCUGCAUGAUCGCUGUCGAUGGUCUAGGCAGUAUCGUCGCUCUUGCCAUCCUCUUCGGAUUCUUUUCUGGUGUCUUCAUCGCCUUGCCUCCCGUCUGUUUCGUGGCAUUGACUGCAGACAAAUCAAGAAUUGGCAGCAGAAUUGGUAUGGCGUUCGCGUUCAUGGGAUUCGGAUGUCUAGCCGGUGUAAGUAUAAAAAGCACUGCAGAUUCGUGGUUUUGA